AUGCAAGCAAACGGAUUAUCAAAUAGUAAUGCCUUGUUGGCCGCCAAUAUGCAACAAGAAGAAGAAGAAUAUGAAAUGGAAAGUGAAUCAACUCCAUCUAAAACAUUUUCUUAUAGACCAUCUGAAACAACAACUACAUCAACUACACGUAAAAAAGGCAAAAAGAAGCGUGCAAUAUCGAUUAAUCUGUCCGGCACUAAAUAUGAUAUUGUUAAAGAAGUAACACUUGAGCGUUUUGGAAUGAUCCAAUCUAAAGAUGAAGAUCUCAGCAGUUUCCUAUUCUGGUGUGAUACUGCCCUUCCUGCUGAACGAAUUGCCGAAUUUAAGCCAUAUCAGAGAGUUAAUCAUUUCCCUGGUAUGGGAGAAAUAUGUCGUAAGGACAGUUUAGCAAGGAACCUUCAAAAAUAUAAUGCUUAUCAAGGUUAUUGUCGAGAAUUAAAAAAGCGAAAAAAAACAAGAACCUUCAUCUGUAAACCGUCCAACGGCGCUAUGGGAAAUGGUAUCACCCUAACAAGAAACUCUGAAAAUAUUCCUUGGAAUGAAAACUACGUUGUUCAAGAAUAUAUGGAAAAGCCCUUGCUGAUUGAUGGGUUAAAAUUUGAUCUACGAAUUUACGUAUUGGUGACUUCAUGCGAUCCGUUAAGAAUAUUUCUAUUUGACGACGGCUUGGUCAGACUAAGUACACAACCCUAUACAGUACCAUCUGAUCAUAAUAUAGACAAAUUAUUUAUGCAUUUAACCAAUUAUUCUAUCAACAAACAUAGCGAAAAUUUCGAUAAUGCUGACGAGCAUGACAGAGGCACGAAAAGAUCUAUUAAAUUUUUUAAUACAUGGCUAAGAGAACAUGGCUACAGCGUGACGCAGCUAUGGAAUAAUAUAGCAGAUGUUAUUAUCAAGACAAUUAUUGCUGCUGCGCCUCAUUUACUUCAUAUCUAUCGAACUUGCCGGGCUAAUUCACUAGGAACAUCCAUUAGCUCGUGUUUCGAAAUUCUUGGAUUUGAUGUUAUUCUUGAUCGAAAAUUACGACCAUGGCUAUUAGAGGUUAAUCGAUCUCCUAGUUUUGGCACCGAUGGAAAAAUUGAUUAUGAUAUUAAAAGUAGACUUCUGACUGACACAUUGCGAUUAGUUAAUAUUAAAUUAAGUGAUCGUAGAAAAGGCUUAGCUGCCCAAAAAGCAGAAGUACGACGACGAUUAUUAAGACCAACUCAACGUAGUCGAAAAGAGAAAACUGAUAAAGAAAAGAAAAAGGACUUAAUUGAGAGAAGGAUUGAAAAUUUAGUAAGUCACUAUUGGUUAAUAUUGGCUAAUUCCCUUGACAGUAAGGGCGAUAUGCGAGAUCGAUUAAAUCAGAUACGAAUACAGAAUGCUCGAGAAGAGUAUGAAAAUAAAAACUUGGGUGGAUUUCGACGGAUUUAUCCAACAGACGAUAGCAAAGUCAACGAUAAAUAUGAAGCAAUGAUUGAUGCUGCCCAUAAAGUUAUUUUAUCCGGCUCCGGAAUUGCUAGUAAAGAUAAUUGCGUAGCAUUAAAAUACCUACAGCUGAUGACUAUAUUUCCCUUACUAUUUUACUAUAUAAAGGAGGAAGAAAUUCUUGAUAUGUUGGAACAAUGUGAGAUGGAAAUUGACUUGGAUAAAAAGCAAAAUCCUAAAAGUCCCAAGGUGUUAUCCUCAAUGCCUCCCAGCCAAAUAGAAAGAGAUACCAAUUCAGUUGCUAAUAAAUCAAUUACACCCGAUAGUAGCAAUCUUGUUAGUAAACAAGAUAAACCCAAAUUAGUGCGAACUAAUAAGAAACCGACUGUCAAUAAUCCACCCUAUUUGAGCAAAACCUGUGCAAUAGAUGAUGAUUAUAUCAAAGCUGCUAUUAAGCAACGAGAAGAAGAAUUGACUAACCGCACUUUUAUAGCUCUAAAUGAAAUGAAAAUUAAAUUCCCUGGAAAGAGCGAUGACGAAGCUAAACUAAUUCUUCAGUUGUUACAGGAUAACUGGAAAUUUCACAAGCCUCGUGUUGCAUCUUAUUGGCUAGUUAAAUUAGACACAGUUAAGAGGAAGAAGGUUGUCGAUAUUGUUAAAACCAAUAUUGGCUCCGUACUACAGUAUAUCUGGAGAAGUCAAGAUAUAGAAAAUUUAAGAUUAAAUCGCAUCUUUAACCGCGUAUUUAAUCGAUUAUUAUGGAGCCAUGGCCAAGGACUAUGGAAUUGUUUCUCAUCUAUCGGUAAUUCAUGGGAGGUGAUUUUUAAUAAAAGUACUGAAAGUAUUUCAACGGUGGAAAUGAAUUGCUGUCGGAGGAUUGUAAAGUUAUGUCGCGAUUGCUUAUUAAUCGUCUAUCAAUUUGCAUGCGAAGCUAAAAUAGCUGCAGAUACUACAGUUCAGGCUAAUUCUAGCAGAUCGACUGUGGCAACUUAUUCGACCUGGCAGCCUUCACAAUCUCUUGCCAACAAACAACUCCAAUAUCUACUUUAA